UGAAAUUAUAAAAAGUAGACUCAUAGAAUAUUUCGUGAUCAUUUGCUAAAACAUAUUUUACAAUGUGGUCACGACUUGCUUUAUUCUUCGGUAUAGUGGUGUGCAGUUUGUCCUCACCAACUGGGAGAAAUAGACCCAUAUUCCCCUUAGAGGAAACAAUAAAAUGGAUUCGUUACGAAGGAUACGCAGGGGAAUCUCACAAUGUGGAGACACAUGAUGGCUACAUACUGGAGUUACAUAGGAUACCGUAUGGACAAUUCCAAACCACAUCUACGUCUAAAAGACCAGUGGUUUUCAUGAUGCACGGACUCAUGGCGGCUUCGAACUGCUACAUUCUUCUUGGUCCACAAAAAAGCUUAGCAUUCAACUUCGCCGAUGCCGGUUUUGACGUAUGGCUGGGUAAUGCUCGUGGUAAUAAAUUAUCACGUCGUCACGUAAAACUUAACCCAGACAGUUCAAAGGACAAACGACAAUUCUUUGACUUGAGUUUCGAAGAAAUUGGCAUGUACGAUGUUGCUCAAAUGAUUGACUACGUUCUCGAGUAUACUGACAGUGAACAACUCCAUUAUAUUGGCCACUCGCAGGGAGGAACAGCAUUUCUAGUAUUAACCUCAAUGUUGCCAGAGUACAAUGCGAAAUUUGCCUCAGUAAAUCUAUUGGCUGGUGUGGGGUAUCAGAACUAUUUCCCAAACACAGCACUCCGAACAUUGGCGAGAUUCACUAACACAAUUUAUACUUCAGCAGUCGCUGCUGGCUUCGUAGAAGUAGCAAUACCGAGUCUACCAAAUAUAACACGACCUGAUUCUGAUGAUGACCCUGAGCAGGAACUAUUAUAUGAUUUGAUGUCUAUUACAGAAAUGAUGAGAGAUGAUACUAUAGAAGACCAAGACUAUACCAAUAUGUUUGGAGGAGCUGCUCUAAAACAAAUCGCACACUUCGGCCAAAACAUAAGGGACAAAACAUUCAGGCGAUGGAACUACGGUGCAAUACGGAACAGACAAAUAUACGGUUCAUCGACUCCCCCGGCAUACGAUUUAAGUCUGAUAACAGCUAAUGUAACAAUGCAUUACACAGUUAGUGAUAUUUUACUUGACGAAAGAGAUGUAUUGGCUAUGGUUAACGAUAUGCCAAAUGCAAGAGCAAGAAAAGUACCCAGAGAGGAUUUUUCACAUUUAGCAUUUGUGUCUGCUGCUGAUUCUAAAGAAUUAUUAACGGAUUACAUACUCGAGGCGACGCUAAGAAUAGAAAAUUUGAGAGCAAGCGAUUCAUCUGCAAAAUAGUUGUAAAAAUCACCAUUCAAAGCAACCAUAGAUAAUUAACAUCCAAAGAAAACGAUUCAUGGUCAUCAUCAUCACCAUCAUUCCAACCAUACAUUGUCCAGUCGAUAAUAAAUGGCUGAAAGACAAUUAUUUAUGCCUAAUUUCAGAGAAAAUAAUGAUAAGGAUGAAGACAUCGACACAAAUCCGAAUAGACCAGACUCCGGUAGUGUUAUAGCGUUGAGUUUAAUUUUUAAAAUGUACCUGUCUAUUUAUUCAUUGUGGAUAAUAGUAAAUUGACAGAUGACCAACAAACCGCUUGGUGGAAGGAAAUCACAAUUUUUGCAUGGAUACAAACUUUUGUGUUUAUUGGCAUUAAGUGUAUUAAAUUGUAAAGUGUUUUCUUUGCAAAUGAACAAUGUAAAUAUGUAAUUACUAUUUUGCUAUGUAAUAUAUAAGUUAUGUUAUGUACUUAAAUAAAAAGUAUGACUGAUAUUAUUUUACUUCAAUAGUCAAGUUUAUACAAUAAUUGAAGUUUAAAAUACAUUAUUUUAUUAGCA